AUGGCACCUAUCCAGAGCGAAGCGUUCGAUUAUCUCUUUCAUCACAUUUUCCUACCGCAAAAACUACCAGGUCAUGAAGAUGAUUCCGCGUCAAAUGUCGCCGCCCUCAUUUCCUUUGUGCUGCGUUCGCUGCAGCGCUUUCUCAUCGAGUCCCGUCCAGCCGAUCAGGUCGCCACUCAAAGUUGCAUCUCCAUGCUGGAGAUGAUGCAGAAGUCGGCCGACAACUACGGAUUCCUGGAUGAAGAUGGACUUCGGCAAGUUCUUCGAGAUCUAUCUGUCAGCGGUAGGUGCCAUCUGAACCCCCUCCCACGAGAUUUGCUUACAACAAUUUCAGACUCCGUCGCUGCGUUUCACGUCGCUGCGCAGAACGCAGGUAUUCUCAUCCGACGGACAGACACUGCGGUUUGCUUUGAAACUUUUGAGCUGUCCCCGACAAAUGAAGCCGUAAUGUCAGCAAAAGGGCGCCUUGUCCGUCGCUUCCCAGCAACAGCCACCGAAAUCUCCCUGGAUGACUUCAAGGACGAAGGCUUCCAGUCCGCCUUGACAAAGACGUUGGUCAAGAUGAGCUUUCAGACCGCACCUGAUACAAGACCUACAGCUCGAAAAGCUGGACAGGAUCAUACCGAAGAGCGAGACACAACAAAUCCUCGCAUCGUUACUGAACUACUGACAAGCAUCGUUGGAGCAGUUGGCACGCAUGUCAGCGUCAAGGGCAUUUGCAAGAAUACCCGACAAGAGAUCUCCUGGCGGCAGAGCAGGCUCCCAUGGAGACGAUCUGCUGUAUGGCUUCUAAUCCGUGUUGCCCUACAGCUGACCAUGGGCCGACAAUCCGAUGAUUCCGAUCGCACCUACAAGGCUUUCAUGGUGUACCUGAUGGCUCAAGUCCUCAACGCGGCGGACCAACAGUCCACACCCACCUAUGUCCUCCACACCAUGAUGACCAAGGUGUCGGGUAGACUCUGUAAGCUCGACAACCCAGGACAAGGGCUCUGGUUAGAGACCAUCGAGAAGAUCGUGUCGGACACUUCUGAAUGCCUUACACAAAGGUGGCAGCGAAUCCGUGGCCGGUCCGAGACCCCCCUUGACCUAGAAUCAAUGUCUGAGCUCGACAUGAAAGAUAACAUCGAUCUUUCUCUUCCGCCGAUGGACGACUUCCUUGCCACGAUCCCUCAACGACGUAGAGAGAGCGGCUCCUCUGGCUUUAUUCCGACGUCUUACAUUCCACCCCCCGACCCGGGUCACCUGCCACCAGCCUAUGUACUCAGCAGCAAUGAGCACUUGCUCUACAACCUUGCAAUGGUCGAAUUAUGGGUGACAACACAUCUCGGCCCCUGGUUAGAGAAACACAUCGGAGAUGAUACGACAUGUCGAGACCUGAAGUUGUUGCUCCAGCGGUACCAUUCAGCAGCUGUGCACUGGUAUAAGACACGUCCCGAGGGCAUAUCACGAAUGUUCCUUGCUAUCGGUGAACUAUGGGUUGCGAUAGACAAGUCAGCCCUUCACGUCAUUCCUAUGUUGCGGGAUUACGACCCGGAGGUGCCGGCACAGGUGUGGCAAGUGCUCUUGGUGGCAUCCAUGGAGGACAUGGCGAGACUCCAUCGCGUCGAGACCUACUUUAGGAAGCGACAAGAGCUCUCCUUGAAGGACAGACCUUCUGUCUUUCGCUCUUAUGGCGAGAGACUAUCGUUCCCGGUGCAGUACUUUGAGCAGUCCGCCAAGCUUAAACAUCUGAAGUCUCAAAUCGAAAAUCAAGCCGAGGCACAGAAGCGCGCCAAGCUGGUAGAGUUUGCCAAACUGCGAGAGGAACACGACAGGUUGAUGCGACAGCAUGAGCAGCGAUCCUGCGAAAAAGUUGAGGUCGACUACUCCGUGGAACAUGUCGCAGCCCACUGUCGCAAGUGCACUGCCUUGAAAGAUGCUAAGAACCUGGAGAUCGAGGUUUACGAGUGGCCCUUGCCGAACAGACACCUUCAAGCUCAGGCUGUCGUGUUUGAGCUGGCCGUUCCUUCGGAAUUUGCCGAGUGGCGGGAUGCGACAAUCUAUCUUGUCGACGAUGUCCUGGGAUGCAAGCCUUCACAGACCGUUCGUCCCCGAUCUGCUCACCCGCUGAGGACAUAUCGAGCACUGGCUGGAUUCCGACAAUCCGGUCUGCAAGGUCGAAUUCAUCUUCUGUCGGAAGCCAAGCCUCAUGCUGUUACCCAUCGACGAUCCAAACGUAUUGCCCAUACCACGGAAUCCGAGGUGUGUGUUAAGAAUGGCCUCAUCUUCCAGUAUUUCGACGAAGAGCGACAUGCCUUCCUGUCCACCUUUAGUCCUUCCUACGACCUAGUGGAUCUAUGCACGUUCAAGCUUCCUCCGCGUGCUCAGGUCUUGCAAGACUUCCUCAAGCGCCCGUGGGAUCAGCCGAAUGGACAGACACCCAACACCGUCAUCUCGAGUCUGUCCGACUGCCCAAGCUACAUGUCGUUGGGCGAAUACAAGGCCUUGGCUGCCCUGCCAAUCGGGUACCGCAUUCAGUGGAUGAAUGUUCUGACACAGCUUGCCAUGCCCUCGAUAGACUUCAACAAAGCCGAGACUGCCACUUUCUUGCUUCAGAUGAGUCUACAAGCUGGACCGAACGCCCUGUCGACCGUCACACGAUGCACUCACACGAGAUUGUCGGACCCGCAGUUUGGCUCGCAGAUGUUGGAAAGCCUCACCCAGUGCGUGUCUCGGGUUCAUGAGAACUGGGAGUCUCACACAUCUUUGUGGUGUUUUACGUUCCUAACGUCUCGACUUCUGUCGGUCGGGGCUGAACAUCUGUCGAAACCACUCCUCAGUUUGCUCGCCCAGUGUCGAAAGAUUUCGUACAAGUGGUUGUGCCGACUGAUGACGAGAGUCCAAGAGACCACCGACGACGCCCAGCGGCAAGAGUUCCUGGAGACUGCCUUCAAGAUUGCCUUGAUCUGCGCCGACACGUUCAACGUGGAUGAUAGAUUCCUGCCCAAGAUUCUGGCAGAUCCGCAAGAAGCAUCCAUCCUGCUCGAGGCUUCUAUCGGCAUCUGCAACAAUUCGAAGAUCAAGAAUACGACAGAAGACGUUGUCCUCGACAUCCUGUAUAACAGAUGGAUGUAUACUCUGCAUCGCGCUCGUCCAGUCCUGAUCCGUGACAUCGUCAAGAACGGAAACUCAUGUCUCGACAUUGCUAUCCAUCGAUCUUGGCCCGCCUUUAUCGCAGAUAGCGAAUGGACUGUGACCCCCUCUACAUGCUACUGGCUCGAGACAACCUCUUCCCGCAUCUGGGUACACUUUAGCAUUCUCACAGGAGAGUUGUUGGUCAAUGGCCUUCCUCUGUCGCGUCUUCCCCGAGAGUUUGAGCUACAUCCCGAUUACAACAGGCUCUUUGGCUCCCUGUCCUUGGACGUCAUGCCUAGCACGCUCCCAGGCAUGCAAUUCUGCGCCACCAGACCCAUCCAGGGCUAUGCCGUACACUUUGGGAUGCAGGAUAUUCCUGAAGGUAGAUGGAAACAGGAUCUCGUCGUGCGCAUGGAGAAGGAUGGCUCAAGUCUGGAUCUAGUACCAUCGAGAGCCUUCAAGGGAGUACUCCCUCAUGUGUUUGUCGAGGAUUACGCACACUGGCACCAUGGCGACACCGGUGUUAUCGAGCUUCGACCACGUACCAACUUCUGGGAGACAAGCGACGACACCUGGAAAUUGGCUCGACACGGGGCGAGCUGGAGGCUUAGCCGACGUGAGAAGACGUUCUUGUUGGCUCCUUCUAGCAAGCUGGGUGAACGCAUUGCUACGAUUCUGCGUCCCUUGGAGGCUUCCUUGGAUCUUCACAUGGUGUACGAUGUGCAAGCUAAUCUGCUCGAUGUGCAUGCUCCUCGACUUCAGCUCGACUUCGUCUUGAGGUCUGGAGAGUCAUCCAUCAGCUCUCGACAAUUCCGUGGAAUGCAGAUUGAUACAGACCAAUCUCUCGGUACUCUGGUUGGAUUCAACAGCAAACUCAUCCUCCGGAGCAACCAUAGUCCACCUAGCAGGCUGAUGAUCCUCCCUGAAGGCGAAGUUAGAUUUGAGAAGUCAGUUGCCAAUGGCUUCGACGAACAUGUGGACGCAUUUGUUGUCCACGGAACUGCACAGCGUGUACAGGCCUAUCGGAUUGACAACUUACUCGGCCGCCUCGUCGCCAACAACAAGGUCGACAGCAAGCUAUUCCUCGCCUACAUCCAUGCACUCACUUCAUUCUGUCUUCCGGACCCCUUCCUCGGCCGGACAGGAACUGAGCAGGCUCUUGACAUUCUCACAUCCGCAUCGGUGCGAGCACCGUCUCAAUUGACUAAGAUCGCACAUGAAAGACUGGGCCUCAUUGCAGACAUUUCCCCAGCUCGCUCAUUUUAUGGCGAGAGGAGCAUGCAAGUUGUGGACUGGUAUCCUGAGUUGAGCUGUCUGACUCAGGACGACCGCUUCUACACGGUCGUCCACGAGAUUCUGAAGAGGACUAAAGACGUUGAGUUCCUCUUUCCGAAGGGUGAUUUCGAACCGAUUGAACCGAACCAUGCCGAGAUGGAACUGGUCAACCGGGCGAUUCUGCAAUCAUCGCGACACAAGGUCUCAGGCUUUGGCGCGGAGACCUACAGCACGCAAUACGAUGUUGAGUACCAGGCAAGAGACAAGGGACAGGAGUCGCGCCCCGCAACUCGUGCUGGUGAGAUGGCUUUCCGGAUCUACCACAACGAAACCGCUCGCUUCCAACCUGUCGCACAUCACCUGGAGGCUCACCUGUACAGCCUCCUCGAGACUGAGCAGAUUGGUCUGUUCACCCAAGAGCCACCCAAAUCCAAGCUUAACUACGACUCUAGGUGGCUUGAGAACCCCAAGACAUUUCUUUCGUCCGACUGGUGUGGGAUUCACUACGCCUUUCAGAACAACAACGCCUUGCUCAACAAGUUUGAGUUGAUGGUCUGGAUUGCAACCAUGUCCUUCGCGACUGACUACGACGCUCAGAUCGUUCAGUCCUUCCUGAUGCUUGCAACAUCUCCCACUUUGUCCGCUGUUUCCUUGCCUGACGAUGCCACCUACGAUCUGUCCAAGGGUCAUAAACCGGUGGCGACCGAGCUGUCAAGAAUAGCGACUGACGCAGCCAUUUCCUUUAAGCAGUCGCCUGACGCCAACCUCCCGCAGAAGCAGCGUGAAUCACUUAAAGCGACGGUUAAGCGACGUCAAAGAUCUUUUGCUGACGCGAAAAGUCGAGCCGUCGACCAUUUUAGACGCCAUGUUGGACAACAGUGGCCUUGCGAGACCCCAACUUCCCCUAAGGGGGAUGAAGUGGAAACAUACAUCAACGUCCCGCAUGCAAUGGACGCGGUUAUGGACAAGUGGAGGCCAUGGUACCGGAAUCUCAUGUUCAAGGUGUAUCUGAUGAACUUUGUCUCUGGCUUAGGGGAUCUGCCCUUGAAGGAAGUCAGACCCGUGCCAGGGCCUGUACCCUUGAGAUUCAUCCCCAAGAUAAGCACCCAAGGAUUCGUCUCCAUCGAUGAGCUGUUUUCUCAAGGCUCUAUCGAGGCUCAGAUUCCACUCCCUAUUCAAGAUCCUACGCUGAACGGCCUCCUCCGGUCAACGACAACCAGUGCUGAGACAAGUCAGAAGUUGACUAAGGUGCUCGACAGCCUUGACAACAAGACAACGCUGGUGUACGAGCAUCAUUAUGUGCGGGAGUUGAGGCAGAGCUUGGCAAGUCUGAGAGAUCAUGUCGAAAACGAGUUGGAUGCAGACAGACUCUCAAAGCAUGCUUCUCUUUUCCAGCAGCACCUCGAACAAUGCGACAGCCGAGUCAAGUCCAUCUACGACUCGUUGUUGCGCGCGGUCAUGUCGUCGAUAUCUCAAGCUUCGACCAACGCUCCCGAGACUGUGCUGUCUACCCUUAGAAAGGCAGAUUUCCUUCCUAGAGUCUCACCGAUACUCUUCCUGCAGCAGCUCAGAAUGCUUCGAUGGUGGAGACUCUCUGAUCAAUGGAGGAACGCCAUUAUCGAGUACGCACUUGCCAUCACUGCUCUUCAGCAGGCGAGACGCUUCCUCAGGUUCCAGGAUUCGCCCGUUGAUCUGCUCCGCGAACUCGAAAACACCGGUCAUAAGGGAUGGAACGCCCACGAACAUCCUGAAUGGCUGCUGCUGGAGUGUGAGAGUGAGAUCAUGAUCCGAGAGGUCCAGGAGCAGAUUGCGCAACAGAUGAUGGCACCUCCCGACAAACAGAAUGCCGUGAUGCAGUUGAACAUGGGUGAAGGAAAGUCUACCGUCAUCGUCCCCAUCGUCUCGUCAGCACUUGGCGAUGGUUCGAAGCUCGUUCGAGUCAUCGUGGCCAAGCCACAAGCGAAGCAAAUGAAUCAGAUGCUGGUCUCGAAACUCUCCGGCUUGCUCGACCGCCCCGUUUAUCAGCUGCCGUUCUCGAGAGAGAUUCGAAUGGACACACUGCGAGCAGGGGCAAUCCACCGACUGAUGGUCAAGUGCAUGGAGGAGGGCGGUGUCUUGAUGGUUCAACCGGAGCAUCUCUUGUCAUUCCAGCUGAUGGAGCCGGAAUGCCAGCUUAACGGGAAUGGCACAGCUUCCGAGCAAAUGAUGAAGACCAGAACCUUCUUUGACAAGUUCUCGAGGGACAUUGUCGACGAGAGUGACGAGAACUUCAGCGUCAAGUUUGAGCUUAUCUACACCCUUGGACAGCAGCGAUCAAUCGAGCACAGCCCUGACCGGUGGAUCGUCGUCCAGGAGGUCUUGGGACUGAUUGCCAAGUUCUGUGGCGAAUCGAGGUUCGAGUUUCCUCGGUCGAUUGACUUUGACGAUCGACAUGUUGAGAGGUUUCCAAGGAUCCGACUUCUUCGACCCGAUGCCCAAGAGGCCAUCCUCAACCGUGUUGCUGAGUACAUCUGCGAGACUGGUAUGGGCGGAUUCCCUAUCGCCCAUCAGCCUCCGAAGAUCCGGGAAGCAGUCCGACGAUACAUCACCCAGUGGGAACUUUCCCCCGAGGAGGUCGAGUCGGUUGAACAGAGCCUGUUCUGGGGCGAGACGACAAUGAAUCACAUACUGCUUCUACGUGGACUCCUGUCUGGCGGAAUCCUUUCUUUUGCUCUUGGACAAAAGCGAUGGAGAGUCAACUACGGCACUGAUCCCCACAGAGAGACCAAGACACUGCUCGCCGUCCCCUACCGAGCCAAGGAUAACCCGACGCCUCGAUCCGAGUUCAGCCAUCCUGAUGUGGUCAUUGUACUUACCUGCCUGAGCUACUACUACAGUGGCCUUGACGACGAGGCUCUCUACUCCGCCUUUGAUCUGCUCACCAAUUCCGACAAUGCUGAUCUUGAGUAUCAGGUCUGGGUCAAGACUGCUCCGACUCUGCCAGAGCACUUCCGACACCUGGAAGGCAUCAAUCUUCGGGAUCGCCUCCAAAGCACAACGGAGGUGUUCCCCCAUCUUCGGUAUUCCAAGGCCGCUAUCGACUACUACCUUUGUCGCUUGGUCUUUGCGAAGGAGUGCAAGGAGUUCCCCCACAAGCUUUCGGCUUCUGGAUGGGAUUUGGCCAAGAUCAAGACCAACCCGACGACAGGGUUCAGUGGUACCAAUGACUCUCGGUAUCUCCUCCCGAUGGCCAUCAAGCAGCUGGACCUUGUCGAACAGAAGCACACCAACGCUCUGGUGCUCGAGUAUCUUCUUCGCCCGGAGAAUGGCAUUGCCCUGAUGCCACCGGAGAUGAAGGGGGCAACUUUUGACAGCCAAACCCUUCUGGAGAUGAUCUCCAAGAUGAGCUCCAACACCCGCGUUAUACUCGAUGUCGGUGCCCAAGUCAUCGACCUGACAAAUAUCGAGUUUGCAAAGGCUUGCUUGAGCCGCUAUGACGACGAGAACACACAGGCGGUCAUUUGCUUCAGCGAGCUUGACGAUAUUAUUGUCGUUGAUCGGUCCGGAAAGGUUGAGGAACUUCAGACUUCGCCAUUUGCUAAUCAGAUGGAUCAAUGCCUGGUCUUCCUCGACGAGGCGCACACGAGAGGCACGGAUCUGAAGCUUCCCGUGAACUACCAAGCCGUCGUGACUUUGGGCGCGGGUUUGACGAAGGACCGCUUGGUUCAAGCAUGCAUGCGAAUGCGAAAACUUGGAAAGGGGCAGACCGUGGUGUUCUGCAUUCCACGCGAAAUCGAACAGAAGAUCCUACUUCAACGAGGCCAGAAGCCGUCUUCUGGACAGAUCACGAUAUCCGAUGUUAUCUCCUGGGUCAUCACCGAGACCUGCCUGGACCUACGACGAGCGAUGCCCCUGUGGCUCACUCAAGGCCUCCGGUUCUUUGAACAACAGGCCUUCUGGGCCGGGGUAUCAAGUGCUAAGACCAGAUUCUCGUGGGCCCAGCAGUUCAUGGAGGCCGAAGCCCAGAGUCUUGAUCAACGGUAUCGCCCACGAAAACUCGACGCCAGCCUGGAUACCAUCCUCGGCCACGUCGGCCCCCGUGCAAGCGAACAGUUCCGCUCUCGCUGCGAGGAGUUUGGCCUCAUUGAACUUCAAACAAGCUCGCUCAACGAGGAGCAAGAGAGAGAGCUUUCGCCCGAGGCCCAACAAGAACGACAAGUCGAGAAGCCGCCCAGAGUCGAGCCAGAAACCCAUCGUGUUCACGCUGGUCUGCGCGAGUUCAUUGUCGACGGCCAGUUCCCAGGCGAGUGUGCUGCCUUCAAGCCCGCCUUCAAGGCUCUCAGUCAGACUUCUGCUGCGGCAUGCUUCGACGUGAACGAAUUCCCGAGCAACAUCUGGGUGACACACGACUUCGCCACGACGGUCAAGGCUCGCUUUGGGAAGAAGAACUAUUCAGACUCUUUCCAACGUCCUGUCCAGUGGAUCCUCACGAGCAACAGUACCGUUGAUGACAUGCGCCUCGUGAUCAUCAGCCCAUUUGAGGCCCAGGAACUUCUAUCGGUCAUCGAGGCGUCUCGACAUGUCACGCUGCGACUCUACGCUCCACGAACCAACCUUGGGUUCCAGCCUCUCGACCACUUGAGGCUGUACACGGUCUCUAAGAAGGUCCAGAACGCACCGAUACCGGAGGAUAUCAUUGUCCAGCUCAACCUUUUCGCAGGACAGCUUUACCUGCUCUCGUUUGACGAGUACGUUGACGUGUGUGAAGCACUUGGUCUAGCUUGGGGUCCUUCAGACGACUCUGUGACCCUUGGACCAGACGGCUUCAUUCCGCCAGGCACCAGCGUCGGGAAAUUGGUCAACAAGUCGGGAUUUACAAAGAGUCCAGUCAGGUUCCUCAAGGUCCUCAUGUCAAAGAUCCGACAGGACUGCGAGCUGAUUGAGAAGACUCACAUGGGCAAGAUUUUGGAGGGUAUACGUCUGGUAGAGGAGGAUUUUGCGGAUCAACAAAACUAG